AAUAAUAAUAAAUUAAAAACAAAUUAAAAGAAAACAAAAAAAAAAUAUAUUAAAGUGAUUAAUUUAUAUAUAUCAUCUAAUAAUUACAAAAAUAAAAUGGGAGAUUUUAUAAAAAAUAUUUAAUUUCAAAAAUAAAAGUAUUUCAGUACGAGUGGAAAUUAACAUAUCUUUGAUUUAGGAAAUAGUGACUAAUAUUCUUCAUCUACAAGCUCUGAAUAACCAUAUUUUAAUAAUUUAAAUUAAGAUUUUUAAUAUUAUUUGCGUGAUAACAAAAAUAAUUAUCAUUAUUAAUAAGGAGAAGUUUAAAUGAAUAAAUAAGAAAAUAAUUGUCCUACAUUAUCUAACUUUCCAGAUAGUUCUUAUGUGGCAAAUAAAAAUAUUUAAGAUGGAAAUAAGGAGAGUUUAUUCAAUCUAUUUCAAUACUAAAUAAUUGAAGAUAGUACUCAAUAGUAAUAAUUUCCUAAUAGUUAGUGCGAGCUUGAUUCUGCUUAAAAAAGCGCAAUGUCAAAUGAAUAGUUUGCUAUUGUGCCUAGGAAAUAAAAUAUCUAAUUUGGAAUAAUAGAUAAACCUAUUAAGAAAUAGUAUAAAAAAUUAAAAAACAGUGAAAAAAAUUGUUAAGAAAGCGACGAAAAAGACGAAGAACAAAAUAAUAACUAGUUAUAAGGAAUAAGCAGUAAAUAUAAUUGCAACGCUAUCAAACAAAAUACUGUGGGAAAUUUCAAUUAUUCUAAAAAGAAAAAAAAAUUUGGUAUUAUAAAUAUAUUAAAAAACAUAGUAAUAGAUAAAUCUUUUUUAUUGCCAGGACAAAUUAUAAUUAAUACGCAAUUUGAUUAAGGAUAUAAGAAUGUUUACAUAAAUUCAGAUAUUUACCAAGCUGCUAAAAGGGUAGAGAAAGUUGUUUAUAAUAAGGAAAGAAAUACAUUUGAGUCUCACUUUCAAACAAUAAAUGCAGGGCUGAAUGAUUUUGAAUUUAUUAUCAAGCUUCUAGAAAGCAAGUCAGAUCAGUAAAUCUACUAGUAAGCAUAAAUUCUCAGACAGUAUUAAUAAUUUAUUUCCACUUACUAAAAUGCAUUUAGGGCAGUUUAGUAGAUGGGGAUAUUUGAUUAAGAGCUCUUUUAGUAAAAUACAGAAAGAUUUAUUUAAUAAGCUGAGGAAGUCAUUUCUAAAUAACCUAAGGAUUCAAUAUACAUUUACUUUUUAAAUCGCAUAAACUAUGCCAAAGGUAUUUAUGAAGAAAUAAAAUUUGGAUUUAACAAAGGGGUGUGUGCAAUAAUUGGCAUAGAAGAAGAAGAGGCCAUUUAAUUCUCGAACCAAAUGCUUAUCUUAUGUAUGAUGACACCUGAAUCUUAGUUUUAGUAUUAUACAAGUAUUUUACAGGCAGAGAUGCAAGGAUAAACGAAUAUAAAUAUUGAUUAUUAAUAAUAUACAUUUGAGGGUAUGGAAAUAAAACUAAGUACUAAAUAAACUAUUCAUCAUUUUCCUGGUCAGAUAAGUUAGAAAGAUUUUUCACUGAGAAUUUUAGAAAUAGAGCCUGAUUUAUAAACUUUAUAAAAAAUAAUCAAAGGAAGAAAUGAACCUAAUAAAGCUGAAAGCGAGUUCUUAGCAGAAAGUUCAUUUAAUAAGAAAUAAUUAAAUAGAUAUUAAGCAGGUCUUAAAUUUUUAGAAGAUUUUUAUUAAAGUAAAGUUAAGAAGUAAAAUAAACCUCUUAGAUGUGAUUUUGUUGUAAAAUAGGCUCUGCCAAUAUGUUAGGCAGAAGAAAAAAUAUAAAAUUACUAAGUUAAAGAAGAUAACAAAUGA